AUGAUUUCGAAUUCAUCACUAGCUGCUCGGCGAAGGGUAGUUCCUGCUGGUGUGAACACCACAAAUCACGAAUGGUUCUAUCCUAAAAAGACCGUCGAAAACAAGCGCCCUAACUCGGGGGCAACCGUAUUUGACGACACGGAUUCUGAGGGUGGUGACUGGGGCGAAUCUCACCGGCAGAGUAUGCAAUCGCUCAGUUACGGGAGCAACACUACUCUUUCGAGUCCUGAGCUACCAACUCCAGAUCUAGUUCCAAGAACGCUGCCUACCUUUCGAUCAAGCAAGGAACUGAUUGCUGGCCCUUCAGGUCCUGACUUGUUCAGAGAAUCCAGAGGUUCGACGGUAGAUGUUGAGUUCUACCUUGCACCGUCACCUACAGUCGACUUUACGCCGUCACUCACACAGCCUGAGUUCGUCAAUCAGCAUCAGGCUGGGUUCGUCAACCAGUAUCACUCUGAGUUCACCAACCCGUAUCUGUUGUCUCCUAAGACACCAAAGGCUUUCCCACCCAACCCCGAUGUGUCUCAUCUUUCAGAGGAGGAGAUUAGGAACUGGGAUCCCAGUCAGGUUGCUCACUGGCUAUUUAUCGGUGGAUACGCUGAGGAUGUUCGCGAUACGUUCAUCAAAAAUGAUAUCUGCGGCGACAUUUUGAUGGCCUUGACAGAGGAUGAACUCAAGGACCAACUCUUAAUCCAAUCUAUGGGCAAACGUCGCAAGAUCUUCAACUCGAUUAAAUACCUCAAGCAACAUAUGCAGACGAGGCCGAUUCCGGAAACCCCGUCUCAGUUUCCAUCCGAGGCGGCGUCUUCUAACGGGAGAACAUCUCCCGGAUCGUUCACCCGCCAGGAGUUUGCUCCCCAAGAAUUUGCUCCCCAAGAGUUUGCUCCCCAGGGAUUUGCUCCCCAAGGGUUUGCCCCCCAGGAGUUUGCUCCCCAAGAAUUUGCCCCCCAAGGGUUUGCACCCCAAGAGUUUGCUCCUAGAGGAACUCCUCCUACAGGCCGAUCCUACACAGUGUCUGUAUCGCCUAACGGUCAAGUUCUCUCCUCGAAUUCCUUUGGACAGACCGGAGAUCAAAAUACAACCGCAGAGUCUGUUUCAAUUGUAGGAAUCGAGGAAUUCCAUCCAAAGCCCCACAGGUGUUCCAAAGGGAAAAAUUGCAGCAAGUACAAGAGGCUCCAGCAGAACCAGCAGAGGCGCCUGGAGAAGCUUGCUGCAGAAUACCCUGACACAGAUUUCCAGGGGGCCGAUUUCCAGCGGGGUGCCAUCUUUGUAGGUAGCCCCGGAAAUCCUGACACCGCGAGAAAUCUUCUCCGACCCAUGUCUGAUGCCGAGCUAUCAGUGGUGGCUUCCUCAGACAUAUUUGGCCCUCGGUCCGGACCAAGGCUCUCCGAAGCAGCUCUGAGCGAAGUAGGGCGCUUGGAUCCGCAAGAAACAAUCCGCAACUUCCUCAGGCACCAGCAUGUCGAUGACUUCCCCAAACCUGGACCCCUUGGGUUGGACACUUACAACCUUCCACCGCCAAAUGGCUUUGAUGACAUCUCCCCGCCAAAUGCCCAGUCAAACUCCAUGGCCGCAAAUUUGCGCAAUCUUCCGAAGCUUACGAUCCCGACAAGUCCUGUCACGGAAGAUAUGACAACCGCUGUUACUACCAACAGAUACUUCACUCCCACUCAUCAGAAUGGCUCUCCCACUGCUGUUCAGCAAUUUGGUCCAUUCAGUCAUGCGCAUCAAACACAAGCCAUUGAGACUUAUCGCCAAGGUACACCAUUCUCCGAAGUUGAUGUCCCUAUCACUGCAAUCCCCAGUGAUCCGAUCCCUCGUGAUGUGUCUCAAUCUGUGCCCCCAGGCAUGCAAUACGGAACCUUGUUCCCUCCAUACCGUAGCGCCAAUUCCCUUGAACGGAGCACCUCAACCCUUCCCAGUGGUGAUCUUCCUCUCCGUGAUUCCAAUUACCCUCCACGGAGCACCUCAACUCGUCCCAGUGAUGAUCUUCCUCUCCGUGAUUCCAAUUACCUUUCACGGAGGACCUCGAACCGUUCUCGUGAUGUUCUCCCUCUCCGUCAGGUGAAAGAGGACAAGCCUCUGACCCCGAUCGAUGUUCCAGCAGACCUGAUUCGAAGCCCCCGCGUGCACCAACAUGGUACCAGCGGCUCAAUGUCUGCUUCUCUGGCAUCUGAUCCGGACGUUACCCAUGCAGGUUACAUGAAGAAGCGCAAGACCACACGUCUGCUCAGACAUGAAUGGUCCGACGCGCACUUCACGCUCCGCGGCACCAACCUGGCUAUGCACAAGGACGAGCGUGAUGCGCACCGGGUCUCCCGUGCCCUCGACAACAUCGAAGUCGACGAAUACGCUGUGGCUUGCUCGUCGCUGGCGACAAGCUCUAAGUUGACGGCUGCGUUCAAGCGCUCGAUCCUACGUAACGGGAACAAUACUAUUGACAGCCGUGAUGGUACUGCUUUUGCUUUCUCACUUAUCCCAGCUACAAGGGAGAAUGAGAAAAAGGCACUCUUUGGAAACAAUGCUGUCAAGAGUCACCACUUCGCUGUCAAGUCUCGUGAGGAUCGCAUUGACUGGAUGCGUGAGCUUAUGCUUGCCAAGGCUCUGAAGAAGGGCAGGGACGGUGGCGAUGACAUGCUUGUCAAUGGGAAUGUGAUUUGA